CUGAGCACAGGUAGGUGGCACUGCAGAGUGGCACAGGUGGGUGCACUGCUGGGCACAGGUGGGUGCACUGCUGGGCACGGGUGGGCGGGAGCUAGUGGGCGCACUGCUGGACGGAACUUGCGGGUGGCACUGCUGGGCACCGAUCAUCAGGGCACUGAUCAUCAGUGCCCUGAUGAUCGUGUGAGGAAAGUGCAGCCGAGAACCGGCACUUGCAUUUCCCUCUGAUCAGCGUGUCAUUGGACACCGCUGAUCAGGUGGUAAAAGGCCGGUGUGAUUGGCCUUUUACCACAUCACGUGAUCAGCUGUG